AUGAUAAAAAUUGCCCUUGCGGGAACCAGCGGUCUUGCGCAGUACAUUGCUCACUAUCUAUCCACGCAGACAUGUCAUCAGUUCUUUUUCCUCUCACGGAACCCCAAUCCAGGUCUCACUGCCAAAGGCUGGCAAGUUCUCCCAGUAGACUACAACCAUCCCAACGACGUUCGCUAUAAGCUCUUUGGGGUCGACACGGUCAUUUCCACGGUUUCAGGACAGGCACAGCUUUCUCUGAUCGAAGCUGCCGCCCAGGUCCACGUCCGGCGUUUCGUGCCAUCCGAGUUCGAGGGCACGCCGGCCGUGCGGCCCUCAGGCGACAUCCUCGAUCGCGGGAAGAGCAGUGCCCUCACCAGAUUGCACCAACUUCGAAGCUCCGGAAUGGAGUACACAGUCUUCGCAUGUGGAGUUUUCUACGAGCGGUUCGGCCCAGGGGGCAUGGCGGCUCUCCAGCUCGGGCACGGGACGAACAUCUCAGGGGAGGGAGACUACCUCAUGGACAUUCGCCACAGGACUGCACAGAUCCCCUAUCACAAUUCCUCGGGCCAGGAGGUGCACAUUUGCAUGACCUCCGUGGAGGACGUGGCACGCUUCGUCGUCGCGGCGUUGGACUUGCCGGAGUGGCCGAACGAAUUCCGCAUGUUCGGAGAGCGUAUGACGGUAGGAGAGGUCGUCAAAACGGCAGAGAUCAUGUGUGGUGCUCCAUUUCACCGGACGAUCCACACGCCCGACACUCUCUGGACCAGCCUUUCAUACGCUGUCGCAACCGGUAACGUGACCCAGCAGUGGCGUCUUCAUCACUUGAUUGCGACCUCGACCGGACGCUACGAUUUCAGCGACGCAAACCUCAACGAUCUGGUCAACAUCCAACCGAAAAGAUUUGGGGAAUGGCUGUAUGCUGCGUGGUCUUAA